GUUUGAGCAGGGCGCAGUCAACGAGUUCACCGUGGAGGCGGUGGACCUGGGCGAGCUGGAAAAGCUUCGAAUCGGUCACGACAACUCCGGCGGCUCACCCGGUUGGUUCUUGGACUGGGCGGAGAUCGACGCCCCCUCGCGGGGUCUGAGGCUACGCUUCCCAUGCGGCCGCUGGUUGGACAGAGGAGAGGACGACGGUGCCAUCGUGAGAGAUCUCCAUCCUGCCGAGUUGCAGACUGAGCUGUACACGCCAUAAAGGGAUCUGCACUCUGCAGAAGGGUUUGUGUGUCAACAAGAGGGAGAGGCGGCUGCACUUUGGGAGGGGAGCCGAGGACGUGUUCAUCGUGGAGGUAACGUGUUUGAAUACGAGCCACGCUUGUGUUCUGUGCAACACCUACAGCACGGUAUGUACCGGAAAUCUCCAACGGGCACAUUCCAAUCGGGAUCUGGACCUUUAUUUCUACGUUUUGAAAAACUAGCCCAUAACACAUUCGCCCACAUUUGUCUGAGAGUGUUUGUAUUUGUUAAAUAAACACAAUGUGGCAGCAGCAUCCUGCUUUGGGGCUGCUUUUCUUCAGAUGGAACUGGAGCCUUAGACAAGGUGAAAGGAGUUCCUACACACUUCUGUACAUCUAAGUAGUUGCGCAAAACUUUCAGGUUUCUGCAAGGGAAAAGAGGCAGAAAUUAGUCUGGCCUUAUUCAUUUCGUAGCAGUUGUCUUCUGACUACUACUGGUAAGCGUUUUGAAUGAUUUGCUCUUAUGUCUAUAAUCCCCCAAAACCUAGCAUUCGAACAGGGGUGUGCAGACUUUUUAUAUCCACUCUAUGUAUUCUGUGCCAGUUGGAAGACGUGGGCGACAUCAUAGAGAAGAUCCGAGUGGGACACGACAACAGGGGCUCCAACCCUGGAUGGCACCUGGACCGAGUGGAGAUCAGACGCCUGCUGAGGAAAAGAAAGGGUUCCGAGACGACCAUUUUCCCCUGCGAGCGCUGGUUCGCUAAGUCCGAGGAUGACGGGGAGACAGUGAGGGAGCUGGUCUCGUCCAAAGUCAUCACUGAGAAACUCCUCAGGGGGGGCACUCUGAAACGGACCGAAAUCGAAGUUGAGGACGCCUUGGAAAUUCAUACGUACCAGGUGUCCGUACGUACUGGUGACAUGUACAAAGCGGGAAGCGAUGCCAACGUCUUCCUCACCAUCUACGGAGAUCUUGGCGACACGGGAGAGCGCAAACUGUCCAGAUCAGAAAGUAACAGGAACAAGUUUGAGAGAGGACAGGUGGACAAAUUCUCCAUCGAAGCGGUAGAUCUAGGCCGAGUGUUUAAGAUCCGAAUUCGCCACGACAACUCCAUGAUGGGGGCCGACUGGUUCCUGGACCAAGUGGAGGUGCUGGAUGUGGACUCGGAGGAGGUUUACAUGUUCCUGUGCGAGCGCUGGCUGUCAAAGAAGAAGGAGGACAAACGCUUGGAGAGGACCUUCUUUGUCAAGGGAUACGAAGGUGAACGAAACGCCGAUCCAAAUUCCAAGAAGACGGCUCAAGUCAUCCCCUAUCACUUCACUCUGUCCACCGGGCCGGAGCGCGACGCCGGCGCCGCUGCCAGGGUCUACGUCAUCGUCGGAGGCCCCCGAGACCAGGAGACGGACCGGCUGCGGCUCGAUCCGCCGGUCGGGAAGAAAUCUUUUGCGCCCGGUAGCAUGGAGCAUUUCGUGUGCUACGGAGCUGAUGUGGGAGACAUCAAGAGGGUAGAACUCGGCCACAACGGCGCCACAGCAGAGAGCUGCUGGUCGGUGGACGAGCCGGCGAUCGCUGUGCCGACCAAAGGCCUCAAGUACAGCUUUCUGUGCAGAUGCUGGCUUGCCAAAGACCGGGGUGACAGCCUCACCGUCCGAGUUUUCCACGCGCUGGACGGCGACGCCAUCAGCGUCGACCGCAAAGUGAUUUAUUCCGCCACGGUUGUCACAGGUGACACGCGGUACACCGGAACGGACGGCAACAUUUUCCUGACUGUGUUCGGCGCCAACGGGAGCACAGAGGAAAUGCUUCUGCCCAAGAAUGAGGACAGGUUUGAGAGAGGCCAAGAGGACACAUUCAACCUGGAGGUCGACGACAUCGCCCCUUUUAAGAAGUUACGAGUGAGGAUUGACGGCGGCGGGAGUCGUCCCGAUUGGUUCCUAGACGGGAUUUUGUUGCGGAACCUGACCACCGAGGAGGUCUACACUUUUACGUAUGAGAAUUGGCUGUCAAAGAGCAAAGGACCCAGGAGGGCUCGAGUGCGCGAGCUGGCGGCCACGGUGGAUGACGAGGAGAUGGUGGAAAAAACCACCUACGUUAUCCAAGUCCAGACCAGUGACGUCAGAGGUGCCGGGACGGACGCCAACGUGUGUCUGAUUGUUUUCGGUGAGUUUGGCGACACGGGGACGUUGCCGCUGAGAGAGAGCGCCAACAGGAACAAGUUUGAACGCAAAACCAGGGACGUGUUCCGCUUCCCCGACGUGCUCAGCCUGGGCGAACUCUCCAAAGUGCGAGUGUGGCACGAUAACAAAGGCGCAGCUCCGGGUUGGCACCUCGACUAUAUCGACGUCAAAGAUGAGAUUAUGGAUCGGACGUUCAGGUUCCCCUGCGACCGCUGGUUGGCCAAAAACGAAGACGACGGCCAGAUCAUCGGGGAGCUGGCGUGUGCUAACAACGACACUGUGGAGCUCAGUGACAAAACAAAAUAUGAAAUUACCACAACCACCGCAAAGUCAGAGGACGCAUCCACCAAAGAGAACGUCUGGAUUAUUCUGGAAGGGAGGAAAGCCCGCUCCAAAGAGUUUCUUCUGGAAAACAAGAAAAACAAGUUUACAUGCGGCGCCGCUGACACGUUCGAGUUCUCGUCCAAGCACCUGGGCGAGAUCGCCGGCAUCUGCGUCGGACACAUCACCAAAGAUGGAAAGAAGGUGAAGAGCGAGUCCUCCUGGCACAUGGCGGAGGUGGUGGUGACCGAAAAAGAGCUGGGGAACAAGUAUUUCUUCAAGUGCGACGCCAGAGUCCCCUCGGCGUCCAAAAAGGAUCGGUUCCAAACGUUCGAGUGCUACAAGUCCGCGGAGAGCUUCGCCAGCAAAGUCCGAAAACUGGUGCCCGUCAAGUACGAGACCAUCGUGACGACGGGCGACGUGAAGGACGCCGGCACGGACGCCGACGUCCGCAUCACCGUCUACGGCGUCAACGGCGACUCGCGCCGGCGGCGCCUGCGUAAGAAGAACCGCAACCUGUUCGAGCGGGGCCAAACGGACCGCUUCGCGGUGAAGACGCUGGACCUGGGCGAGCUUCUCAGGGUCAAGGUGGAGCACGACAACAGCGGCGCCAACCACGGGUGGUUUCUGGAGCGCGUGGAGGUGACCAACACGGCCAACUCGGUCACCACCGUCUUUCAGUGUGCCAAGUGGCUAGACAAGGCCAAGGCUGACGGCUGCAUAGAGAGGAUCCUCUACCCGAAGUACUAAAACAAUUACAAACUCCAGCUUUUUCGUGGCAUAGAAAAAAAAAACGGCAAGAUUAAAUCAAUUCAAAAGAAAUCACACCACUGACAAUCAAGAAAACAACGCAACAAUCGUUGUAAAUUUGUGCCGACACAGCAAAUGUAAACGUGUUUUGCUGUUUGUUCAAAAUGGGAGAAAAAUGUCUCGCAGCAUUUAGAGGCAGGAAAAAAAAAUUAACUGGUGUCACAUUCACCACUUUUUUUUUAAUUUUUUUUUUUUUUGCAAGUUUAAGUGGAAAUAAGAUUUGGAGAUCAGCGGGACUACAUUGAACCAGAAUUAGACAAAACUCACUUUAUCCAGCAACUGCAUUAAAAUCUCAAUAUGAUUUGAAUGUAAGAAAUCAAGGGUUAUGGUUUAUUAUGCUGUGCACAUUGUUCAUUUUUAAUAAGUUCUGACCGAGAAUGCGUGUUUGCGCUGCACAGGGACUCCGCAUAAAUGCGUCAGAAAAUUUGCAUUUAUUGUCAGCAUUUUAGGCAUUUUAUUUGAAAAACACAUAGAAAAAGAUCAUAUACAAGACAAUAAAUAAAAAAAGAGACAGAACAGUUUGGGUUAAGCUAUGCAACUUUUUGCAUUGUCAUUAGUAAUAAAUACAGUACAAAAUCCACCCAGAGUGAAUCUAAAGGUUGUUUUUUUUUUUUCUCUCCACAAUAUUCAUCACUGAUCAACGUUAUUCUUCAUUAUGAUUUAGCUAUUGCUUUCAUAUUAUUGAUGAUACAUACUUCUACUCCUCUAUAAAAUACUCAAGAUCAUAAAACAUUGCGCGGUUACAGCAAAACAGCAGUGUGUUGUACAAAGAUGGCCACUUCCCUUUUUCACUGGCAGGUUAAUCAUAAUAAUAAUAAUAAUAAUGAUCAUAUUCCACAUUGUUUUUUUUUUUUUGUUUUGUUUUCUCGUUGUUGUUUACUGUCAGCAGCAAAGAAAGGAAUAUUCAAGAAGGUUUACAGCAUCAUAUGAAAGACAUCUAAACAGAGCUACUCCCACGUACACAUAGGAAAACCUGAGAAGGACAUGCAUUGAAAAAGCUUGUGCUUUCAAACUUCUACUGUUUCGUCGGCUGGACUUGGUUUAAUACUAUGGCUACGCUCCACUUGGCUCUGGAGCAACACAGGGCGCGGGGGGCGCGAGGGGCGCGAGGGGCGGGGGGUAGUACACUGUGGCGGUCGCGAGGGCUAAGGCCAGUCAGAGCACACAAAUAGCCGUUCAAAAACAAGAAAACAAAACUCAACGGCACUCAUAAUAAAUAGUCAAGACCAGCCAGCCACCUUCAUUCAAUUCUAAUAGUUUUCCCUUUUUUUUUUUCUUUUUUUUUUUUGUAAAUUCUCCCAAAGAAUUAUUAGUAUCGAGAGGAAAAGCACACUGAAAAGUUAGCUUAUUAUAUCCACACUUUUUUUUUUUUUUUAAAUAUUUGUCAAUAAUGGCUCAAGUUAGCAUGUUAAGUAAGUAAGAUUUACAAUCCUCGACCCACCCCCGCAAACACACGCACACCGAGCAAAACAGUCGGCGGUAACGAAGGCCGACGACGCGCGGCCUCGGGAUCCAGAGAAAAACGGCGGCAAACGCCGAGUCAAAAACAAACAAAAAAAAAAAACGAACGAGAGAUGAAGAAGCAGCAUCGGAUGGCGCAAAAAAAAAAAAAAAGCAAUAACUACCACAAAAUGUGUCUCCGAUCAAAAGCGGGAAGGCUAAAGGGAAUUUCAUCGAGAUCGACAGCACCGUGCUGGCAUCAAAAGUGGUCCUCCAUCUUUUUUUUUUUUUUUGGGGGGGGGAAUAAGAAUAAAAUCAUAAAUCACAGACGGCAUGCAGAAGCACCCCCACCGACCCAAUGCAUAAUGAGGUAUUCUUUUUUUUUGUCAUAUUUUUUUUUCGUCUUAUUUUAAAUAAAUAUAUCCAUUAAAUUGCAAAGUUAUGAGACAUUAAAUAUUCCACCACGAUAGCUAGCUAGCUACAGUUAGUAAUAAAUAAUGAUUGUUAAAUACUUAAGGCAUCUUUAAAUCACAGCAUUCUAUGUGAACUAGCAGAACCUCCCGUUAUUUCAGCACUUUUUUUUUUUUCUUUUACUUUUUGGGAUGUGGAGGUCUCACGUGAGAGCAAAAGAAAAAAAAAAAAAAAACCCACAAUCAAGUUAUUCUCUGAUCAUGACCAAGCAAAACGAGCACCACGCUGACGCUAAAAACAACGACAUGAUGCCAGAUGGGAUGAGAAGAAAGUCACCAUUCGGAGAAGGGGGGGAAAAAAGGUGGAAUAAUAUCAGAUUUUUUUUCCCAAGAAUAAAGUUGUACUCUUACAAAAUCUUCAUAUCACACUACAAAAAUGGCAGGGUGCCCCAAAAGUCACUGUACACUUUCUUUUUUGCUAUUUUGUUUCUUUUUGAGACCUUCGAUAUCAGACAGCUCGCCUUUUGCAGUUUUCGUAAGCGCACCAAAUGUCGCUGGAGCACUCUUGCCAACUCGCCGCUUGGCAAGAAGUCUUUCCGUCCCCGAUGCGGAAGCCAAUACGUGGAUUUGAAUUUGAAAUGCCACAGAAAACCAAAGAUUUGCGUUUUCAAUCAUUGCUACAAUUCGCUGGCCGCCAUUUCUACAGACAAGCUCGGCGUUGCAUACGACAUCACCAUGGCAACGUCCACACGUAAGCGGCGAGCUGCGGAUGUUUUCUGCCUACUUGAAUUCACUCGAUGACGUCACCAAAGCCAGAUAUGUACAGAAGAUCAAACUCCGUGACGAUAUCGAUAUCGUAUACUCUCCAGGACGACGUACUUUCAAAGGAUCUGAACGACUUCACCGAAGUCGAAUAUCCGCACACUAGAAAAUACACGUUGACCGCUUACAAUUCGAGCUCCGUUCAGAUCGGCACGUCGUAUAUUUGCGAGACACUUUUGUUGCCGUUUUUUUCGAUAAUCAUUGGAACACAGAAAAAUCGCUUGCCAAUGUCUCUGUUUUCACGAUUUCGACAUUCGUAGACGCAACAAAAAUCUGCCAUGGCGACGAUGGACAGCUGACUGCGCGUCAAGCGUGACGUCACGUGCAACAACCCAGCCCGUCUGUGCCACCGGGCAAGGGUUGCUUCAGGUCAGAACCAAACAGCCGAUCCAGUCACGCUUUCUUGGCAUGUGACGUCACGUGACCAAGAAAGCGGAACCGCGAUUGGCUGGGUGUUCGCUUCUGACCUGAAGUAACCCUGCCUGGAGCCACAGACGGUGAAUUUCAGACAGCGAAUCGUAGCAACUAUUGAAAAUAUGAUCACUUUACAUUUCAAAUUCAAAUCCCGGUGGCACUAAUUUACUUCCACACCCCCGACUGCAAUUCAGUUGCGAUUUGCGAUGCUUCGUGGCCGUCACGCCGCACGAUUUACUCGAAACAGGAGCUGUUUCCCGACAAAAUACACGUCGAGAGGCCAUCACCCGCGCCGCAAAAGUCGGGGAAAGUAACCGGAGCGCUCGCGUGUCAAUGGUACCAAUAAACGCGACGGCUGGAAAGCGUCAAAAACUGCCAAUGAACUUCUCGCCAGGUUGUUCUGACAGGAACAGGAAGUAGGAAAUGCUAACAAAAACUACAAAUCCGAAGCUGGUCAAUAAAAAUGUGGGGUUUUUUUCUUAGUACCUUAAGGUAUGACUGUAAUAUUGUAAUAUGAAAACUUUUGCCACUUUAGUUUUCAAGACGUGACUUAUAUUAUUAUUAUUUAUUAUUACAUCUUUUUUCCCCUCUUUAUUCACAUUAACUUUUUUACCUUGUAAUUUCAGCGUGGCCCUAACACAUUUUGGUAAACAACACACAGGGAAGCAUGAAAAUAUUUGGAAAUCGAACCGAAACGCAAAAAAACCUUAAGACGAGAGGAACCCAUACACACACACACACACACACAUCACCAAAACAGACAAAAAAUAACAAAAAAAAAUAACAAAAAGAGGCAACUCCAUAUGAUAGUGCAUUCACAAAAAAAAAAAAAAAAACACACGCUACAGAACAAUAAAUAUGUUUUGUUUUUUGUUUUUGUUUUUUUUUUUUUGCAGCAUUGCAGCUAUUUCUCUUCACUGUGGUUAACGCGGACACGGACCGAGUGUUUUAGUACCAUGUCCAUAUUGGCAUGUGAAAAAAAAUGGUUUUUUUUUUUUGUUUUUUUUUUGGAAAAAUUCUAAAUGGCAAGACAGUUGAAAUCGAACAAGACAAUGUUAAAGAACAAUUGUUUGGUUGUUGUCUUUUCAAAAUGGAUGGCUUGUAAUCCCUUUCACCCUCACUCGCUCGCAAUGAAGGAAGUGAUCAUUCAAAAAAAUGCAGGCAAACUCGUGUGUUGUUUUGUCCCCCCCUCCACCCGUGACCCCUCUCGGGUGUGAUUGGUCGCAGCGGAAACGGACCGAAACGGAAAUGAAUGUCGUGACGGAAAUAAUAAGACAGAAAAGGUCACAUGUGCUUGUCUGGUAGGCAAUAAGGUUCUGAGAAAUGUCGCUCAUCGAGAGGCAAGAUGGCUGCUGUCACGCACGGUCCGAGGUCGGGGUCCGAGUGCGUCAAAUGGGAUUUUGGAGAGGGGGGGGUGGGGGUCCCUGUGGCUACUUUGCAGCACUACGACCACAACGAGCGCGACACAGCUCACAAGCCUGGCACACAUGCAUGCACACCUGAUGAUGGAGGGCAGUAAGGGGCGUGGAAAAGGGGGCGUUGGGGGGGGGGGGGUUGGGCCAAGGAGGCACCCGCCGCCCCCGCCGCCUGCUACGACACAACACACUUCACCGGAAGCCAUGCCUUGCAGUUAGCUGCGUUUGCGUGGAUGGUGUCUGCAGUGUUUCCCCCUUUGCUAUAUUGCGGUUCAUUCACACCCUCGUUAUAACGAUAUAUAGCAAAGAUUUUUUUUUUUUUUUUUU